AUGCCUUCUCAAGUGUCUUCACCAGUGCAGCUGCUCAGCAUGCCAAAUGAGUUACUGCUUAUUGUCGCAGAGUCUCUGGAAACCCCUGAUACCAAUAGCUUGAUGCAAACAUGCACUCGCUUGUCCUCGCUGCUGCAACAAGAACUCUAUGCAAAAUCAGCCGAUUUCAAGGUCAAGGAUGGCAUUCCAGCUCUGGCAUGGGCAGCAAACAAUGGCCGCAACUCCAUGGUUAAGGCGAUCCUCGACGGCGCAAAGGCACCAAUCAAGAACUCGACAAUGCUCCUGGCUCUCUUCAUGGCCUGCGAGCACUCCAACGUUGAAGUGGCUGAGAUGAUCCUCCUUAUCCUCCCGAUUGCCCCUGAGCAGCCUAAAAGCACAGGAGCCAAGUACUUCUUUGUAGGACUGCAGUCGGGUGGUAUGUGCGACAAGACAAUAAACAAAUAUGUGUCUGAGGACGAAGACCUAUCUGUUCACCUUUACACUGCCGCUCGGAAUGAGUGUCGAGAGAUAGUUUAUAUGCUCUUUACAUUCCCCAUGCGAGACUUUGCGAAAGUCAGGGCGCUCCUGGCGAUUACUGAGGACGGACUCUAUGAAGCAGCUACUAUUCUGCUUGAAGCUGGCAUGAAGGAUGACGCAGAGUGUAUUUCUAGAGCCGUCUUCUCCGCGGUGAGAACUGACAAUGUUGACAUGGUGAGAAUCCUGAUGGAUUCAGGGGCAAAGUUCCAAAUGCCGCUCAUGGCAUUCUAUAGCGCCAUGAAGAAACCAACCGGUGAAAUGGACGAAGAACUACUGAACUUGCCCGACGGAAUUCGGCUCCCAGACAUGACCCAGGUCUUU